CUCUAUGAAUUGACCAAACAGAAGCCCAGGCUGGCAUUUUGGAGGAGGAAUUCACUUCAUGCAGGCAGAGCAAAUACAGAAAUAAUCUUCAGAGAUGUUCUGCAGAUAUUUUUACUACUUCAGUCUGUGUCUUUUCCUUCCAACACAAAGAAGGUACUCCCUGGGUCACGUAUCCAGCUCCCGCAGUGGUGACACAACAUCCCUCCCUGGAUUUCAGAACCUCACCAUGGGAUACAACAAAUACCUCCGGCCCUACUUUGGUGGAGAGCCUGUUCAAAUUGCAAUGAGCCUGGACAUCGCCAGCAUCUCCAGUAUAUCUGAGAGUGACAUGGAUUACACAGCCACAAUAUACUUGCGGCAGCGCUGGACAGACCCCCGGCUGGUCUUUCACGGCAACAAGAGCUUCACACUAGACGCUCGCCUGGUGGAACUGCUCUGGGUACCAGACACAUACAUCGUGGAGUCAAAAAGGUCCUUCCUGCACGAUGUCACUGUGGGCAACCGCCUCAUAAGAUUGUUCUCCAAUGGCACUAUCCUGUAUGCCCUAAGAAUUACUACCACUGUCGCUUGUAACAUGGACCUGUCAAAAUACCCCAUGGACACACAAACAUGCAGGCUGCAGCUUGAGAGUUGGGGGUAUGAUGAAAAUGAUGUCACCUUCACGUGGCUGAGAGGAAACGACUCUGUCCACGGCAUAGAAAAGCUGCGGCUCUCUCAGUACGCGGUGGAGCGUUACUAUACCCUGGUCUCGAAGUCACAGCAAGAAACAGGCAGUUACCCACGACUGAUCCUGCAGUUUGAGCUGAGAAGAAAUGUCCUUUAUUUCAUUUUGGAGACCUAUGUACCCUCCACCCUGCUCGUCAUGUUGUCCUGGGUUUCUUUUUGGAUCACAUUGGAUUCAGUGCCUGCAAGAACCUGCAUUGGAGUAACAACAGUGCUUUCCAUGACAACUCUGAUGAUCGGCUCACGAAGUUCACUUUCAAAAACCAACUGUUUCAUCAAGGCCAUUGAUGUUUACCUUGGCAUCUGCUUCAGCUUCAUCUUUGGUGCCCUUGUGGAAUAUGCAGUGGCUCACUACAGCUCAUCACAAAAUUGUACAGCUAAGACACCUCAGGAGGGGCCUGCAAAUGACCUCACUAAGGAAAUGGAAGAAGUCAGCAUAGCCAACAUCCUCAACAGCUCCCUCUCCAGCUAUAAACGGAAAGUCAGCUUCUCGAGCAUUGAGAUCUCCAGCGAUAACAUUAACUGCAGCGACCUGACCAUGAAAACUCGUGAGAAAAUCAAAUGUGUCUUGAGAAACAAAAUCCACAGGCUGAUUGGUUAUUUCACAAUUCAGAAUCCCAGCAAUGUAGACCACUACUCCAAACUUCUUUUUCCUUUGUUUUUCAUGCUGGUCAAUGUAUUUUAUUGGGCUUAUUAUCUAUAUUUCUAGUAGAAAUUAGUUGCUUCUUUCACCCACGUCAGCAGGAGAGGAAUCUUGCAGUGGGCAUCGGUGUCUAACCUCAGUGAAUCCAAUGUGGGCAAACUGCUCUGUUGUGUGUCCUGAGGCAUGAAGCAGAAGUGUGUGUGAGGAGUGCACGAUGCAAAGCCUUGGUGCCUCAGCGUUAGCAGCAUUGACUCUGGACAACAGCUUGUUCAGCUGAGUGGCUGUGCUGGGCUCUUGUGCUUGUUCCUGCUUUUCAUUCCAGCAUCCACCCUCUUGCCUGGCUGGAGAUGAGUGUGUAGGACUGCAUGUGGCAGGCCACAGAACACUACCGGCAGCAAAAUGAUCUGGGUAGUCUGAAGCAGGUUGGAACCUUCUGGUUUACACCUCCAAGAGGAAGCAGGAUUGUAGCUGUUAUUCUUUGUUUGCCAGAGAUAACAGGAAGAUAGGAAUUGUGAUUGCUGUCUCAAUAGCUCUUUUGAAGCAGGGGAUCCUGAAGGCAGCAGCAUGCCUGCACAAAGGAAUAGCUGCCACAUGCCACCCUGUCCUGGGCCUGAUGUGGGGCCAGACUGGGAAUUGCAGUACUGCUGGCAUUGGUACAUCAGCUGUGGGGUCACUUCUAAUGCCUGUCAGACCCAUGGGAAGAUGGAGGACCCUUUAUUUAUAGAGUUGCAGUUUUUCUGAGAUUUGAGAACAUGAAAAACAGGCAGCAAAACUGUUCUGUGACCCAUCUCUACACUUCCCCUGUCAAAGCCGCAGUUGACUGAUUCUACCACCUUCCAUUACUUCCUCACAAACAGAUUAUUCUGCCCCCUGGAGAGUUUCUCCUUCCGCUUUUACUGCUCUGACUUCUUGCCAGUCAUAUGCAAGAGUGGCAAAUUUGUCAUCCCCUCUUUUGUAUGGCUUUGCAGCUGCAGCCAGUCAGCAGUGCUGCUGGGUGAGAAGCCCGUGCGUGGGCUGAGGUACAAUGAUCCAGAUCAGCCUUCACUCUCUGUUUUAGGCUGAAACACCAUCAGGUUUCUGCAGAAAUUCAGAUUCCAGGUGGGCUCUGGAGACUGCCAGUCAGCUUUGUUUCUCUUGCAAUCAGCAGGAGUGAGAGCUUUGUUUUAAAAAUACAUGAAAUGUGACACGCACAAAUUCAGGUUUGAGAAUAAAAUGCCAUUUAGUACCAUGUACUUAAGGCUACUGGAAGUCUUUAUUUCCUGAUUUUAAAAUCAACAUUUUAUGGCAUGUUGCCCACCUCCCACCCCACUUUUGGUCUUUGCAGCUCUGAGAUUCUGAAGGUGUAAUUUUGCAGUUAUGUAGACAAAACUAAUUGCCCACAGUGGCUGCCGUUCAGCAGGAGCUCUGGCUGAGGGAGGCCUCUCAGCAUCUAGCUUAUAUUACAGCCUCAUGCACACAGUAUCUGCUUGGUGUAAGGCUCUUCCUGGGGACUGCUCUAGAAGGUGGGCAAAGCAUGUGAAGCUAUAGAUUUCUUUGUUUCUACUUUAAUAACUUUUUAUCGAACCACUUCACCAUGCUGUAUUGGGAAGGAUCUAAAGCACAUAUUCAUAAAUCAUAGAUUUUACAAAGAGCAGCACGAGAAGACAAAGGGGAACAGACUGGCAAGGGCAAGUGAAUAGACACCAACUCCAAUAAUGAAAUGUUGCCUUGUAUAUCCUGGCAUUUAAAGUCCACUCCAUAAAAUGUAAUAAAGUGCAUGUUAGUGAUAUGAACACAACCCCCUGGAGAGAUCCUCUAUUAAAAAAAU